AAUGAACACAACAGCGAAUGAAAUGAGUAAGCGUAUAAACAUGACCUGAGCUGUGAUCACGAACAUCAUAGCUUGAUGUGCCAAUACUGGCGCCAACGGUCAUGCGAGAACGUAAAUUAAAGGGAGACAACUCUCUUUUUCGCGUGAAGCUUUUGACACGCCCCCUCUCAUCUUCACAACCAUGUGAGUUGUGUCACCGACAGAUAUCUGUUAUCACAUCCCAGCUCAUCACUAACAGGUCCAAACGGACCAUUGUCUGACUUUCAACAGUGCAAAGAUCGGAAUAACCACUAGCCGAGGAAACUGUUGACAUAAAAAGUUCGUCAUUAAAUCUUCCACAAGCCAACAUCGUCCAAGGCCGACAAUAAUUAUACAGGCCCACGAAGAUCCAUGUUGUUACUGAAGCGAGGAAGGGAGGAUAUGUUGUGUUUGAUACAAGAGACAAUCGGAUUGAUCUAAGUAAGUGUGGGUGUUACUGUCACGCCAUGGCCCUGCUGGGAUGUCGCAUCAAGCUAGAAGGGCAGGAUGUCUACCCAGCCCGAGUAGACGGGCCAGCGGAUGUCUACCAAUCACCAAGGUUCAUUCUGACAAAAGCAAGGUGGGUUGAAGACAAACAGGUGUCUACCUGCAUCCUCUGUAACAACAAAUUCAACCAAAUACGCCGCAAACAUCACUGCCGACAGUGUGGACUUGUGCUUUGUAAUAAAUGUUGCAAGGAGAGGAUGCCGCUGCCGCAGCUUGGUAUCGAGGAUGCUGAGCGCGUGUGUGACGCGUGUGCUCCUGUCACACAGCUCAUCACCAAGGCCAGGUCCCAAAUGCAUCAAUUUCAAGUGGAAUCUGCUGAUGGUCUCACUGAAAGAUGCAAGAAUCAUAAUUCCAUUAAAAGGGUGGUGGAGCUGGGCGGCAUCCAGACUCUCAUUGUGUUGGCACAGACCGAAAAUGUCCAGAUCCUGAGAUCGGUGAUGUCGGGUCUCCAGGCACUGGCCACCCACCAACCACUUCAUCAGGAACUGGCCACUGCUGGUGCAAUCAAGGUCAUCUGCAGUUGUCUUGACAGCAUCCUGUCCCGACUCCGUGAAGCAGAGGAACAGAUUCUGACUGAUGGAAUAAGCUCCCUCAUGAUCUUCUGUAAAUCACCAGAACUCAAGAAAAAGGCCCUGGAUGAUGGCGCCCUGAACCCAGUGCUGACACUGUGUAUGUACCAAUCCCCCACCCUGGCACUCCUGGCGCUCUGCACGCUCAGCCUCAUUGUGGAGAACCCAGAUACCCAUGAUGCAAUAGUAGAAUCCUCACGAAAUGCGUUGCCACGGAUACUGGCCCUGACGGCAUCAUCAGAUGAGCAGACUCAGGAGGUCGCCCUGAAAAUACUGGCACAUCUCUCCAACGGCACCGACUGGCACCGACAUCGCAUUGUACAGGAGGAUUUCAGUUCAGGAUGCAGUCUCCAUAAGGCCCUGAGCAGUCACCCACAGAAUGAGCAGAUUCUCUGUAACGCUGUGUGUCUCAUAGGAAACCUGGCCACAAGCGCUGAGGACCAGAGCAGCCUGCAGAGCGUGAUGGUGCGAGUGUGCCAACUCCUACAGAACUCCCCCAGCAAUUGUGAUCUCAAGAUACAACUCAGCCGUGCCAUCGCCAACUUCUCCAAGUUCAAGCAAAACUCAGAUAGACUGGUGCCGUACGUGUCGGACAUUGUACAGACUUGCAUUAAGUCUACCACUCCCAGCAUCAGGGUUCAUGGGAUGAGAGCCAUACUGUCAUUGCUGUCAUACAGUCCCUGUCAAACAACGGCCGAGCUCAUGAGAGACGGAGCCGUGGACCUCCUGGAGUCGCUGGGGAAGGUGCACGGUCUCCUGGACUCCGUCCAGGCGACGCUGACCAUCCAGGCUGCGGCGCUGACAAGACCAUUAUAGCAGACCUCACAACCUGGGAUUCAUGGAGCUGUGAGGAAGCCUUGUGAUAUUACAGUGAUGGUCACCUGAACAUUUAGUGUUAUAAGUGCAAUUUGAAUGUGCCUGUAUCAUCAACAACAUAGCUUUGAAAGUGAAGACUGCAUUUUGUCUUCCAAAAUUCCAUAUAAAAAAUGAUAAUUUAUAUUUUUAAAAAUACAGUUAGUGUAUAUUUUUAUAUAAAACAUUACCCCUGUAACAGUUCAUAUAUAUAACAGUUCAGCUGGGUGCACUUUUGUGUGUCCAUAAGUACCCCUGGCCCCAUCCCCUGGACACUGCAGCACCCCCCCCCCCCCCCCCC